AUGCCUUUCGGAAAUCAAGAAGCCGUUCGUUGUCCACGUUGUAAUCAAGCUGUUUUCCAUGCUGAAUCAAUUCCAGCUGCAGGAAAACAAUGGCAUAAGACCUGUUAUCGAUGUGGUAUGUUAGACUUUUGUUUGAAUUUUUUUUGUAUUAUUUCUAAUGUUUAUUUUGAUUUUUCUAAAAAAAAAUGGAAAGGUCUCUGCAAGAAAAUGUUAGAACCUAUGACAAUGGCUGAACAUGAAGGCAAUGUAUAUUGCAAACAAUGUUAUGGUCGUAAAUUUGGUAUUCGUGGUGUUGGUUUUGGUAUUGGUGCUGGAGCUCUUGCUAUGGAUACCGGUGAUCGAUUUGGAAAUACUGAAUCACUUUCAAAUAAACCAAAUUAUGCUACUCCACCUGGUGCUGCAGCAGCUAAAGUCUCUACUACAGAGUCAUAA